AUCACUUGCUACGAAACAGGCGGCUGAGUGAGUUCGAGCUCGGCGUGCACGGUACAGCUCCGGUUUCCGCAUCUUCCUCCUCCAGACUGUAACGCUGUCGAAGACCGCGCGGAAUGUUUGUUAGCGGCGCAAGCAUCCCAUUGUCAAGGUUGUCAGCGUACGUGAUAGAUACCUACGUCACUACUUGUGCGCGACCUUAUACGACGUAACUGUUUGUGAUACUGAAGAGAAGGUCCUCGUGAAGUCAGUUUAUUAAGCCAUCCGAAACUAUGACGUCUUCACUGAAAAAUGUGUUCGACGGAUGGCUGGAACGUGCAAAGAUGGGACAGGAUUGAACCGGUACCGCAACACGUCAAAUAAUCAGCGUUGGCUUCUUUUCGGGGCUCAACCGGAUGUAUCUUAAAACUGCAAGGUGGCUCCACUUGGCAGCUUCAUGAAGAAUGUCGUUCUGCUGAAGAUGCGAGGCGAACGACGGAGAGUCCAAAAGAUGAUAACGGCGUUGAUCCCGAAUAAGUGAACAUUUCGUCCAUCAAGACGAUGCCACACCGAAAGGUCUUGGGCUCCUGGGCUCUUCUUCUCCCCUCAGCAGUCCUUUUCAUGCUGAACGUCAUCGGCUAUCUGGAGGCCUUCUGUCCCAUGAGGUGCACCUGUAAUGACGAGGAGCUCACCGUACAAUGCGCAGGCGCCGCCCUAGACGUCAUACCCAUCACUCUCAACCCUGGCAUUCGAGAACUUCAUCUCACGCGAAACAACAUCAAGAACAUCAUGUCAGCCUUCAGCGUGUACCAGCAACUCGAGUUUCUUGACGUUUCAUACAACCAACUUCGCACGCUGGGCGUUGGAAACUUCCCCUUGGGACAGCUCCAGAAGCUUGUCCUGGACAACAAUGCCGUCGCAAUCCUCGACACCGACACGUUCAGGGGACUGCGUGGCCUUCUGGAGCUACAGAUGCGACGGAACGGACUGACGGACGUGACGCCGCGCGCGUUCCAUGACAUGCGAAGCCUGGAGCUGUUGGACUUGUCGCAGAACCGCAUCACGCGCAUAGAUCCAGACGCGUUUGUCGGUCUGCAUCGCUUGAAGACUUUGAUUCUUCGAGAAAACAAGCUGCAGCACGUGCCUACACCAGCGUUCCAUCACAUAUCUCAUCUCCUGACAUUGGACAUUGGCCAGAACGACGUGCCAGUGGUCGUUGACAAUGCCUUCACGCAUCUAGUGCGUUUAAAAGACUUGGUCAUGGACCGAUGUAGCGUGUCCAUCAUCGAAGAAGGAGCAUUUUCGAGUCUCGUGUCCUUGUCGACCUUGUGGCUGCAAGACAACAGCCUCGAUAACUUCCCGACAGAUGCGCUAGCGGACUUACACCGCCUUGAGGAGCUGCACAUUGGACAGAACGGAUUCCGAGCCAUCACUGAAGAAAACCUACGUUCUUUGCCAAUGCUGAAACGUCUCUUUGUCAUAUCAGCCGAAAACCUCAACCAUAUCGGUGAGAGAGCAUUUAGUCAAUGCACUCAACUGGAGCAGGUCGUUCUCGAAGACAACAGGGUCUUGAACCAGCUGUCUCCGGGGACAUUCUCGAACCUGCGUCACCUGACACACGUAAGUCUCAGAGGGAACGGUCUCGCGACCUUCCACCCAGACCUACUGCCCUGGAGUCAGCUGUCAUACUUCGACAUCCGGGAGAACCCGCUCGUGUGCAACUGCAGCGUCAUAUGGUUGUGGGACCUGCUCCGAGCACUCGACAAGAACGCCAACUGGACAAACAUCAGAUGCCACGAACCGCCGUAUUUGAGUAGGGAACUCCUGAAAGAUGUUUCUCACUACGACCUGGACUGCGACGGACACGUCCGGAGAAACGUACUGAUUGUGGCACUAUCGAUAACAGCCAUCUUCGUUAUCAUCAUUCUUGGCCUCGUACUAUGGUAUCACAAAAGGGUAUCGAGAGCGAUCAAAAAGAAGCUCGAUGCGACCACGAUGCACGAAGGGCACGUAAACCAGUUUCACAAUUCUGAAAGCGUUCUUGCUCUUCCUCCAGCAGCGCAUAUUACAUACAACGGCAAGUUUCAGGCAACGCCCUUAGCCUAUAUUUAAGACUUUGCCUUUGUCCUAUUGCGACAAUGUUCGUCCAAUGCAAGAAGAAAAAAAAAAAAACGCUUUCAACUGUGAAUAUGUGCUCUUGAGUGAAGCACAUGUAACGCUUUUACGAACACUUUCGUGGCGCCGCAGCGAUUUCAACAUAUCUUCGUACAUGAUUUUUACAUGGGAAUGCUGGUGCCAACGGUUUAUUUUGUAUGCAAGAACUUGUGCACGACCUGUCUUCUUGAACGUGCUUAACGUGUAGAAAGACCUCAGUGAUGCGAUUUUUGUGGCAAAGUGUCUGCCAGUCCGUCAUAUCAAGCCUGCUGAGCUAGUAUUGUCUCGGUUCAAUGGAAAACCUGCCUUCUUCAACACUGGCUUGUGAGCGCCGCGAAGCAUCUGUGGCUAUAAUCGGCGUACAGACGUCGGUCGACGGAGAGAGGACAGCAGGAAGGAGCGGAAGACAAGGGAUUAGUAUGCGUCAUGGGCCGACUUCCUGGGGAACUGUGCCGACACCCAUCUGGAAAUUCCGCAGGAAAACCCAGGGAAAACCUCAGACAAUUCCUUCCUUGGGCACCACCUCCAACCAGACUAGCUCCGCGAUCUCUCAAGACAUCCAGUGGUUCAACAUAUAUGCAAGAACAAGUUCAUGACCUUUGUUCACUAGACUGUAUGUUCUUAAUCUGUCCUGCUAGUAAGGUGUUACGCCCGUUUUCUUUUAACAUUUUCUCCAAUGGUUUCUCCUCCACGACUAUAGAGAUAAGUGUCGGGGCAAACACCCCUGUGGGAAUCUAGGAAACCGCCGAAAACUUUGGCGAUAUACGUUUUGGUAAGUUCGAUGGCCUUCCGCAACAUCAUUAUUCGAUGUAUAGUACGCGGAGCAAUAUGUAUAGAAUGGAGAGGAAAAAUAAAUUUUAUAACUGCUA